GCCCCGCCCACCCCGUCACCCGUAACAACCACAAGUGCCCUCACCGCGCCCCUUCCCCCUCCCGCCUCCCCGGCCCCCUCCCCGGAACCGGCGGUCGAGCUGCGGCCGCCGAGCAGUGGAACCGCGACUGCCCAGCGGAGCCGCCGGUAUGAGCGUCCCUCGCCACCCCGCGUCCCAGGCCCGGCCUUUCUGACAAGAGCUAGACUUUGGGCUCCCUGAGGAUAUUCAGUUUUAUACGUUUGAAUAUCCUCUCACCAUGUUCAGCGGAAAAUACCAUUCUUAAUGAUUAUCCUCAACAAGACAGGUGUGAGAGGAUUGCUGUUGUAUUUCAAUCAUGGUGCAGAAAUACCAGUCGCCAGUGAGGGUGUACAAAUACCCCUUUGAAUUAAUUAUGGCUGCCUAUGAAAGGAGGUUCCCUACGUGUCCUUUGAUUCCAAUGUUCGUGGGCAGUGACACUGUGAAUGAAUUCAAGAGUGAAGAUGGGGCUAUUCAUGUCAUUGAAAGGCGCUGCAAGCUGGAUGUCGAUGCACCCAGACUGCUGAAGAAGAUUGCAGGAGUUGAUUAUGUUUAUUUUGUCCAGAAAAACUCACUGAAUUCUCGGGAACGUACUUUGCACAUUGAGGCUCAUAAUGAAACAUUUUCCAAUCGGGUCAUCAUUAACGAGCAUUGCUGCUACACCGUUCACCCUGAAAAUGAAGAUUGGACCUGUUUUGAACAGUCUGCAAGUUUAGAUAUUAAAUCUUUCUUUGGUUUUGAAAGUACUGUGGAAAAAAUUGCAAUGAAACAAUAUACCAGCAACAUUAAAAAAGGAAAGGAAAUCAUUGAAUACUACCUUCGCCAGUUAGAAGAAGAAGGCAUAACCUUUGUGCCCCGUUGGACUCCGCCUUCCAUCACACCCUGUUCAGAGACAUCUUUGUCAUCCUGCAAGAAACAAGCAGCGUCCAUGGCCGUCGUCAUCCCAGAUGCUGCCCUCAAGGAGGGGCUGAGUGGUGAUGCCCUCAGCAGCCCCAGUGCACCUGAGCCCGUGGUGGGCACCCCUGACGACAAACUAGAUGCUGACUACAUCAAGAGAUACCUGGGCGAUUUGACUCCGCUGCAGGAGAGCUGCCUCAUUAGACUUCGCCAGUGGCUCCAGGAGACCCACAAGGGCAAAAUUCCAAAAGAUGAGCAUAUUCUUCGGUUUCUCCGUGCGCGGGAUUUUAAUAUUGACAAAGCCAGAGAGAUCAUGUGUCAGUCUUUGACGUGGAGAAAGCAGCACCAGGUAGACUACAUUCUUGAAACCUGGACCCCUCCUCAGGUCCUUCAGGAUUACUACGCGGGAGGCUGGCAUCAUCACGACAAAGAUGGGCGGCCCCUCUACGUGCUCAGGCUGGGGCAGAUGGACACCAAAGGCUUGGUGAGAGCGCUCGGGGAGGAAGCCCUGCUGAGAUACGUUCUCUCCAUAAAUGAAGAAGGGCUAAGGCGAUGCGAAGAGAAUACGAAAGUCUUCGGUCGGCCUAUCAGCUCGUGGACCUGCCUGGUGGACUUGGAAGGGCUGAACAUGCGCCACCUGUGGAGACCUGGUGUGAAAGCCCUGCUGCGGAUCAUCGAGGUGGUGGAGGCCAACUACCCGGAGACACUGGGCCGCCUGCUCAUCCUGCGGGCACCCAGGGUGUUUCCUGUGCUCUGGACGCUGGUUAGUCCGUUCAUUGAUGACAACACCAGAAGGAAAUUCCUCAUUUAUGCCGGAAAUGACUACCAGGGUCCUGGAGGCCUGCUGGACUACAUCGACAAAGAGAUUAUUCCAGAUUUCCUGAGUGGAGAGUGCAUGUGCGAAGUGCCAGAGGGCGGACUGGUCCCCAAAUCUCUGUACCGGACUGCGGAGGAGCUGGAGAACGAAGACCUCAAGCUCUGGACUGAGACCAUCUACCAGUCUGCAAGUGUCUUCAAAGGAGCCCCGCACGAGAUUCUCAUUCAGAUCGUGGAUGCCUCGUCAGUUAUCACUUGGGAUUUCGACGUGUGCAAAGGGGACAUUGUCUUUAACAUCUAUCACUCCAAGAGGUCGCCACAGCCAGCCAAAAAGGACUCCCUGGGAGCCCACAGCAUCACCUCUCCAGGUGGGAACAACGUGCAGCUCAUAGACAAAGUCUGGCAGCUGGGCCGCGACUACAGCAUGGUGGAGUCGCCGCUGAUCUGCAAAGAAGGAGAAAGCGUACAGGGUUCCCAUGUGACUAGGUGGCCGGGCUUCUACAUCCUGCAGUGGAAAUUCCACAGCAUGCCCGCGUGCGCUGCCAGCAGCCUGCCCCGGGUGGACGACGUGCUCGCAUCCCUGCAGGUCUCUUCACACAAGUGUAAAGUGAUGUACUACACCGAGGUGAUCGGCUCGGAGGAUUUCAGAGGUUCCAUGACGAGCCUGGAGUCCAGCCACAGCGGCUUUUCCCAGCUGAGUGCCGCCACCACCUCCUCCAGCCAGUCCCACUCCAGCUCCGUGCUCUCCAGUGAAUGAAUUCCUGUGACACCGUCCAGAGAUGGCCCCUCCUCACCCGGGACGGAAGCUGCCAGCUCGCUGCCCCCAAGCUGCCUUGCGGCCCCCACGCCUCCCGCCACAGUCGAGAUGGUCUGUGGACUUAGGGCCAGCCCUUGAGGCCCUUUUCCUCUGAGGAUUCAGAGGCCACCUGCGGAGCACCCUGCCCCAGGGCCAGACCCACCCACACCACCCACUGUCCUGAAGUGGGCUCUCGGGGACUCCUGGUGACUCAAGGAAAAUGCUGCCAUCGUUAAACGUGACUUUCUCUUUCGUCCUUUUCAAAUCUCUCUGAUACUUUUUAGAGCAGGAUUUUUCUGUAUGUGAACUUGGGUGGGGGGUUCUUUCCCUGUUUCCUUCCGCUCCGCCCUUCUCACCUGCAGUCAGUUUCCAGCCCGGUGUAGCCCAUCUCCUCUGUGCCCUCUGGUGGCUCGUUGUCCUCAGAGCCCAGACAGUUCCAGCCGCUAGGAGGCCGUCUUGGAACCAGCAAGUCGCAUUUGCCGCUUGACACUGUCCACGGGGUUUUAUUGAUAGCUAAGCAGCAUCUCCCUCAUCCACUUCAGGGUGGCUUCUGGUGUGUAGGAGCCUUGCUUCUGUGUACAUGGGAAUUGUGGACUCAUGCGUGUGUGUGCGUGCAUGUACUGUGUGUGUGCAUGUGUGCAUGACGGUGGGGGUGCUGGGGGGACGGGGGGAGUAGAAACUUAGUUUGAGUAAUGAAGGAGUCUUCAUAGAAGCAAAUCAGAAUAUGGGAUUUGUUUGCCUUUUACAUUUUCUGUUUAAUUCCUGAUUUUAAAGCCUGCUCUAGCUGGUACAGGCCCUUAUUUUUUCAGCUUUUUAUGGGAAAAGCAGGUUAUUUGAGAAUCUGUCCGGAAGUUGCAUAGGGGAUGGCCUCCACAAUAAGGACAUGGAACGUGUGUUUCUGUGUGCAGCAGAGGACGUGUUUGUCAUGCCACACCCCACGCGGCUGUCACCUGUGUGCGUGGUAGGCAUGGAAAUCCUGGUUGUGCCGUCUCAGCUCCGCUCUGAAGGCACUGGGUGGUGCUGCGUGACUGGAGAGCUGUGUGGAGGCUGUGUGCGCCCCGUGCAGGGAUCAGGAGGGCAGGGGAGGGACCAAGCAGCCCUCUGGCCCGGCCGGGUCUGCCCUAGUGGCUGCCUGCACACUGUAGAUGUCCUGGGGCCUCUGCUGUGAUCGCCUGCGUUUGGACCACAUUUGUGUGUUUGCUCUUAGAGAUCGAGCUCCUCAGUGGUACCCGAAGCCUUGCUUCCGGAAAGCGCAGUAGGGUUAGUAGGUAGGGUUAGUAGGUAGGGUUAGUAGGUAGGGUUAGUAGUGCAUCUGUGCUGCUUCCACCCGGUGCUUCCUAUUCCCAAAUCACAAGGACCUGAAGAUGGUGCCUGCUUUUUCUCUCUUUCUCUCUUUCUCUGUGUCUCAGAUGGCGAUUUUGCUGACAGCUGCCAAGAAAAUGCUUCACUGAACAGUCCUCAUGUGCCCAGAGAUGUUUAUAGAACUGUUUGAAUUGCAGCCAUCCCCUGCCCCCUCCCAGGCUGAAGAUCUGUUCUUUUUAAGUUGAUUCGGGAGUGGCAUUCUUUUCUCCCCAAAGAGUUUAGUGCAUCGUGAAGAGCUCAAAGCACAUGACGGCACAAAUGCUUACAGGGUUUCCUCCCGAGUAAUCCAGGCUCACUCCCCUUGUAAGGGAAUUCUGGGGCAGCUAUGGUUUGAGGAUGCAGUUGGCAUCGUGUCUCUACUUUUAGUACCUUGCCACUCUUUUAAAACGCUGCUGUCAUUUCCCGUUUCUUAGUACUAAUGAUUCUUUGAUUUUCCCUCUAUUACUUAUGUCUUAAUUCACUUUCCUUCCUAAAUUUGUUAUUUGCAUAUCAAAUUCUGUAAAUGUUUUGUAAACAUAUUACCUCACUUGGUAAUACAAUACUGAUAGUCUUUAAAAGAUUUUUUUAUUGUUAUCAAUAAUAAAUGUGAACUGUUUAAAGAAAA